UGUGGGCUGUCUGAGGCACCAAUAAGAGCAAGACACUGGCUGGUACUGAACACAGUGGCAAUAGGUGAGCCAGCUAUGUGCGCAGAGCCACUUCAGAGAAAUCACAACAACUACUGAAGACAAGACAAGAAAUCACUGGAUCUUCCUUUGGGCAUAGAUAGAGACAGGCUAUCAGUGGAGGCCUGGUGUCAUGCCUCACAUACUCCGCCUGCAGUCGGGCCAGGAGCUGGGGCUGCGGCUUCUGCUGCUCAUCUCUCUGUGGGACUUCCUGACUUCAGAGGAGCUGAAGACAACAAGAUGGCCCCUCUACUCCCAGAAGCCUUUGAUCCUCGCCUGGAACGCUCCCACCGAGGACUGCACCCCUCGGCACGGCGUGCGCUUCCAGUUGGACCAGUUUGACAUCGUGGCGUCCCCCAAUGAGGCCUUCGUCCGACAGAACCUCACCAUCUUCUACAAGGACAGGCUAGGGCUUUACCCGUACUACAGCGUGCGCGACCGCAUACCCGUCAACGGCGGCAUCCCGCAGAGCGCCAGCCUCCUGCAGCACCUGGACAAAAUGCCCGAGGACGUGGGCUACUACAUCCGGGACCCCACGGCCAGGGGCCUCGCCGUCAUCGACUGGGAGGAGUGGCGCCCCCUGUGGAUCCGUAACUGGGAGCACAAGGACGUGUACCGGGACCAGUCGCGGCGCCUGGUGGCCAAGAAGAACCCCAGCUGGCCGGCCGAGCAGGUGGCCAAGGUGGCCCAGCAGGAGUUUGAGCUGUCGGCCCGCAAGUUCAUGCUGGACACCCUGCGCAUGGCCAAGAGCCUGCGUCCGGGCCAGCUGUGGGGCUUCUACCUCUUCCCCGACUGCUACAACCACGACUACUACCGCAGCGGGCUGGAGAACUACACAGGCCAGUGCCCCGACGUGGAGCUGAGGCGCAACGAGCAACUCAAGUGGUUGUGGACCGAGAGCACGGCGCUCUUCCCCUCCAUCUACAUGCCCACCGCCCUGCGCUCCACGCCUGCCGGCCGCCAGUUUGUCCGCAACCGGGUCAACGAGGGCAUACGGCUGGCGCUGACGGGCAACGGAACGGCACGGCCGGUGUUUGUGUACACACGGCCAACCUACGCCAACGAGCUUGAGCUGCUGACGGAGGAUGACCUUGUCUCCACCAUCGGGGAGAGUGUGGCUUUGGGGGCGGCUGGAGUGAUCCUGUGGGGCGACGCGAACUACGCCAGCAGUAACGCCAGCUGUUCCAGGUUGAACGCGUACCUGCGUGGGCAGCUGGGUCGUUACCUGCUCAAUGUCUCCACGGCAGCGGAGCAGUGCAGCAGCUCCCUGUGCGGCUGGCGAGGACGCUGCCUCCGCCGGGAUGCCAAGACCAACACCUACCUGCACCUCAACCCCCAGACCCACAGCAUCCAGGAGCAGGGGGGCAGGAUGCGGGUGCGGGGGCAGCUGGGGGCACAGGACCUCCAGAGGCUGAGGCAGGACUUCAGGUGCCAGUGUUACACCGGGCACAGAGGAGAGUCAUGUGGGCAGAAGGAGCCAGGGCACAACAGGGCCUCCUCAGUGUGGCACGCCUGGUUUCCCACCUUCCUCCUGCCACUCCUGUUAGUUUUACUGCUGCACUAAAGGGCCUUGGACAGACAAGAGUUCAGGUCAGGAGUGGGAUGAAUGGAAAACCUGUAGGUUUUAAGGGGAUACCUCACCAAGGGGAUGCCUCACUAAGUUUGCCAACUGCCUUGGUGUUAAACAGUAGAGUUAAGCUGAGCAUCGAUUCAACUCUUGCCUUAUAGUACUACAAGUCAUUGGUUCGGAUUAGAAAGCAGCAGAACGGUAUGACUAAACUGUUUAACUCAGAGGAUGAAAGUUGGGCCUAUUUCUCAAAAGUGAGGUGUUCCUUCAAGUUGUGGGGGAUCACAGACCUUUGAACUUGUAAAAGAAGAGGAUUCUGUUGGCUCAAGCCUGGACAAGUGAACGAGCCACAUGGAGCAUGGGCAUGGACACACCUGAGCACAUGUUGUCGAGGAGGCUGGCUUUCAAACAAAUCCAGAGUCUAUUUAAUCACCCAAAGGAUGGAAAGCACCAUUUGAACAUUCUCACCUACUCAAUGAGUGUAUGUGGAAAAGUGAAAAACAUUAUCACGGUCAAGUCUAACUAGACCAAGUACAAGUAGUCACUAUGUUAGUAUGCGUGUGCGCUGUCUUGCUUCUGUCUGUGUGUGCGCGCGCGUGUGUCUUUCAGAAUGGUUUUCCGUAACAAAAUAAUCCUCCUUUGGGGAAGUCAAUGUGUUCUCUCACACUUUCCAAUGAGUAUCAAAGUCUCUGAAUCAAGCCGCACACUGUACUCACAAAUAACCCUUACACAUGCAACUAAGGGCAGCUAUGUGCACCGGAGCCAACGCUUUCUCACCAUGUAACCAUAGGAGACAGCACCAGGGGAGAGAGAAGGCUGCUCUCCUGCAGUGGCAUAGUUCAGAGCUCUGCCUUCUGUUCACUGACUAAAAUGUAAAGAAUCCGACAGUGUAAAUCUGUGCAGUGCACGGGCGUCUGUCGAGGGAACUAUAUAGAUAUUUGUUUUCUACUUAAUAAGGUUCUGAGCUUUUAAGAUAUUUCUGAGCAGACCUCUUUGUGCAUCUUUGCAUUCCAAACCUGAAAGAUGGACACUGAUGUGAUGAGUGCAGGGAGAAAAUCGGUUUCAGUAAUGUAUGAUCCUCAAAAUCACAUACAACCUAAUCAAGUGCAGUGUAUAUGUAAAUUAACAGGGCAUAUUUACUUAAUGUUUAAUUCCCAUAUAUUUCCUAGUAGUCAGUUAGGGUUUGGCUGCUAGUUCAUUGUUUGGACUAUGUUCCAUCAAAUUGUCUUGUACUCAUGACCAAGGGCAUAUGACAUUAAACAAUAGGGCUAUGGGUUGAUGCACACAGGACCCCUUGUUUAACAUGCCUUCAUUCCACUUUUGUUGUGGCAUCUUGUUUAUUUUUUCUUCGUAAAGCAACAUGUGCCUUGCAUAAUGCAUAUGGACAACUGUAACAUGUUUUUUUUCAACCCUGAGACACAGUGCAACUGACCUGCAUUUUUGUGCAGAGUUACUAAAAAAUCCAGCACAAUUUAAAUGGCCGACCAAACGUUCAUCUCAGUGUAUUGUAUUACAGAAGUGGUACAUAACCAAGUGAAUAUGAUCCAAACUGCACUAUGCAUACCUCUGAACACAAUAACAUUUCUACUCAAAAUCCACUGUAAACACUACAUGUACAUGUGCAAUCACAACUUAUGGUCAGAUACAAGGUUAUUAUAAGUCAUUACCUCUGUUUCACCCUCUCAGUCGAGUGUUCUAACACAGAAUUAUCUUUUUUGUGUUCUUAAUUAUUAUAGAAACUUGAAAUGAAAAAGGGUUUGGCACACAUUUACUGCUUUGGUAAUUUUGUUGAGAUCAUGCUGUUGGGUUUGUUAUUCCCUUCCAAUGGAAGACUUAUUUUUUUGUUGUAAACAUGAUUUUGUAGAUUUUGAUCAGAAACUAUUGUGUUGAUGUCUUAGCACCUCCUGUGCUUUUUGCCGUGCCAUUGCCAAGCAGCAAAAUUAACUCUGUCUUCACCUUGGAGCCUUCUUUUCACGUGAUUGAGUGGAACAAAAAAUAAAUGUUUAUCUCCACGGAA